UGAGAUACACACCGCUGCUCUCCAAUGGAGCUCUCCCUAAUCUGGGCGAUCGCCAGCAUCUUGGUGUACAGCGCUUGUAAAGUAUGCGAUCUUUGCAGCAUCACAGUGUGUCCUGCAAGCUAUAUCCUCCCUUUGUUAUUACUGGCUGCAAUGUGUCAGUGUUUCCAGCAGCUUUCCAAGGAAGGUCCCAGGAUCAGUGUGAAGUGAAACUUCUGACUAAAGACUCUACAGUGUCUGUACCAUUUGGAGGGCACUUCACGGUAAACUGCUCUUACACCUGUGACAAGCCUGUGCUGAAAACCAGAUUAUUAAAGAGCAAUGAAACAAAUGGGCCAAACUGGGUGUCCUAUCGAGUCCUAGUGGAUGACUGGGAGAAAUCGGGAGCAGCCUGCAUUCAUACAGACUAUGAUGGAGAAAUAAAGAUAUCCAAUAUCACAAUCAUGGCUUAUGCUCUGCCCAGUAAUGUGACAAUAGACCUGCAGAGGGAGCUAGAGGAGGGCACAGCGCACAGUAUCACCUGCACUGCUUAUGAUGUGGCUCCUGUCAGCUUUCUUACUAUAUCGGUGACCAGAGGAGGGGAUGAGAUCUACAGUAAGGCCAUCGAUGGAGAUCUCACAAAGGGUCCCACGACUGUCACAGAGAUAUAUAACUUCACCGCUAGUCGUAGUGACAAUCAGAAAGACUUCACCUGUCAGGCUACCUUACAACUCGGGACAGUCCCCAACACCACAGUGCAGUCACCCAGCAUCAAUGUGAGGAUCAUCAAAGGUAACUAAUGCAGAGGGCUGACCACUGUUUCUAGCUAAAGCAUAUAUGGUAACUAAUGCAGAGGGCUGACCACUGUUUCUAGCUAAAGCAUAUAUGGUAACUAAUGCAGAGGGCUGACCACUGUUUCUAGCUAAAGCAUAUAUGGUAACUAAUGCAGAGGGCUGACCACUGUUUCUAGCUAAAGCAUAUAUGGUAACUAAUGCAGAGGGCUGACCACUGUUUCUAGCUAAAGCAUAUAAGGUAACUAAUGCAGAGGGCUGACCACUGUUUCUAGCUAAAGCAUAUAUGGUAACUAAUGCAGAGGGCUGACCACUGUUUCUAGCUAAAGGAUAUAUUUGGUAAAUUGUUAAGUGGAUUAAUAUCUGUAGUCAGCAAAAACUGUGAUGGACUGGGUUUAGUGAUCUCACAUUUGGUAGUUGAUUUACACCUUUUGGAGGAGGGUUGCUGUGUGGGGGAGGGGGUUGUAAUCACAAGGUGCUUGUGUUUGGAGACUUACUUAACCAGUACAGCAUAGGACGCCAGGCCUAUUAGGACGCUGCAGUGGCUAGUGUAUGAAGUGGCUAGUUAUUAAGUGGCAGCUAAUAUCAAUAGCAGUGUUAUACCUGUGUUAACCCGAAGGAAAACAGAAGGCAAACAAACUAAUAUGAUAACAAACGACUGCAUUACAACCUAAAUACUCUGGAACUUUAUGUGGCCUCUCCUCACCUCAAACAUGAGAACACCAAGACCAGGCUUACCACCUCUCUGGCUGAGAACAUCAAGUCUGCCCCUGGGCCUAACCAUCAAGAUGAACAGGGAACUGUGGGGGAAGAGGACCAGGAUCAGCAGGGACAUCACCAUUGCGUCUGAGUAUGCCCCCCACAUUCUCCUUCCCACCCGUACUAAGAUCUGAUCAAAAUGUUAUCCCACUCCUACUUCUGCCACUAGUUACCUGCUAUUGUGUUUUUGUUUUGUUUUUUUGUUUUUCUUUCCUCUUCAUUGCUCGCUUCCACCCCACCAUGUGUUUUCCUGUAAUGUUUACCUCCACUGAUUGCACACCUUUCCAUUGUGCCCUACAUGCAGGGUACAUCAUACAACUACAUAAGCAUCAGUUUUCCAAUAUAUGAACUUGGCCUUGUAUGGCUCACCUCCCACAGUGUAACCUUCAAAGUGCGCCCAACAUGGCUGCCCCAUAUGGUACACUUGUGGAUGGGAUGAAAAAUACAUGGACCUUGUGGUUUUGUUGGAACCCUACUCUAAACUGUAGGACUCUGAAAUCACCCCCAUUUUGUGUCAUCUCUUCUAGGGGUAGACUAUUCCACCCUGGGUAAUCCUACGCGGAGCGCCCAAGAUGGCUGCUGCACUUGGUACCUAUGAGGGUGGAAUACACAACCCUUGGAAGUCAUUACCCAAAAUACCUGCACCAAUCCUGCGUUAUGCUUUCUGUGGGCUUAAGGUUUUUCUUUUAUGUCUGUGUUGCUUGUCUAUUGUUGUAUUACUCAAAUCCUCUGUAUCAUGUGUACUGUUUUUGAUGUCUGUAAAGCGCCUUGAGUCCUGUUGGAGAAAGAGCGCUAUAUAAAUAAAAUUAUUAUUAUUAUUA